AUGGUCAAAUACUGUGCAGCGUAUAACUGCAGCAACUCGGACACAAAGUUAAAUCGCAAACAGGGAAUAACUUUUCAUAGGUUUCCAAGGGAUAACAGAAGGAAGCUAGAAUGGGCCCGGGCAAUAUGUCGUGUGGACCCUGUGAGUGGCAGCCUUUGGACUCCAUCUGUAUGGGACAUGAUAUGUUCCCAGCAUUUCAACCCCGAAUGCUUUCGGGAAAUCAAUGGGAAGAAGUUUCUCAAGGAAGGAAGUUGUCCCUCUGUGUUUUCUUUUCCCGAUGACUGUAAGAAAAUAAAUACUCCAAAGAAAACAAGAAAGAACUCCAAAUGCGUGGGAGCAUUUGAUGUCCCUCUGUUCCAGGCAAAGGCCAGCAGCGAUAGGGCGAGCAGUGAGAAAACGACACCAGCAACCCUGAGUAACAGUUCACAAGAUACACUUGAGAACAUCCGUGAGGGUGAAGUGGAGCGAUGUAGCUUUUCUCCAGAAAUAAAUGCCACUGUGGAGUGUAAUGCAAAGGACAGGCUUAUGACCGAGCACCAUUACCAUAUCACAGACAGCCCAAAAACGUUGAAAAGGAAGCUGGAUGAACUGUUGACAGAGAAUGAUGAACUGAGGAGAAGAUUAAGGAACACAUCUCUUGAAGAACAGGUGCUCCGUAAAAAUGCGGCUGGUUCACUGGACGACAAGCAUUCAAAGUCUGUGAUGAGAGAAACAACGUGA